UCUGCCUCGCGCUCCGUCGGGGCUGCCAGCGCGCCGCCUGGGCUGGGGCUCGGGGUCGGCGUGCGGCGCGGAGGGUCGCGGCCAGCCACUGUACCACAGCUGCAACUUUUCCCGGGCAUCCUUGAGCUGGCCGUUAGAUCGUGCUGCCCCCGUCCUGGGAGCCCCGGGCAGGGCGCUCGGUUCCGAAGGGCUGCCACGGCUGACCGGCUCUUCCCGGCCCAGGACCCGGCCGUCUGCGGAGGUGGGGCGAUGCCCGGCAGCUAGGAAGGCCGGUCCUCUGCGUCCAUCCUCGGGAGGAACUUCGGGACUGUCGUCUUUGUAGCGUUUGGAGACUCUCCAGGGCAUGAUCCCAAAGGCUUGAUCGGUCUCACAAGGAGAGUAGUUUUUCCUGACACACACACACACACACACGCAAAUAUGGCAGCUAAAAUGGAAAUAACUUUGAGCUCCAACAGCCAGGCUUCCUCCAAGCAAGAGCGACACAUCAUAACAAAGCUGGAAGAGAAGCCGGCGCCCAGUCAGCAGAAAACCUGCCCGGACCCCGAGCUCUCCCGCCAGAGCUUCCGACGGCUCCGCUACCAGGAGGUGGCCGGGCCCCAGGAGGCGCUUUCCCAGCUGCGACAGCUCUGCCGGCAGUGGCUCCAGCCCGAGCUGAACACCAAGGAACAGAUGUUGGAGCUCCUGGUGAUGGAGCAGUUCCUAAUCAUCUUGCCCCCCGAGAUCCAGGCUCGGGUCCGGCAUCGGUGUCCAGAGAGCAGCAAGGAGAUCGUGACCCUGGUGGAGGAUUUCAACAGAGCAUCCAAGAAACCAAAACAGUGGGUGGCUGUCUGUGUGCAGGGGCAGAAGAUGCUUUUGGAAAGAACUGGAGCUCAUCUUGGUGAUCAGGAACUGCCAGACUUCCAACCACAAACCCUUACAAGAGAUCUCAAGGAGAGCUUUCCAGAGGACCCUUCUCAGGAAGGAUCUCAUGAGGCACCCAGCCCCCAUCAUUGGGAGAAAUCACCACUCCUCCAAGAGCCAGCCCCCAAACUUGCUGGGACAGAGGAGUCUGGGAUGAAAAGUGACAACAAGGAGAAUCCACGGCCAGAAGGGGCCAGAGGAACAAAGUCAGGUGUUGUGCCGGCCGGCAGGCCCAAGGGGAAUGCUCUGCAGAGCCCCGAACCGAGAGGCGCAAGCCUAGGGGAAGCCCACUUGUCCGGGAAGCAGGUCGGCCCCUCGAAUGCUCAGAAGCCAUAUGCUCCCUACAAGCGACACCGCCGGGAACUGGAAUACAGCAGCCCCGUCAAAAGCCACCCGCUGAGGGAGCUGAAGAAAAGCAAAGGAGGCAAAAGAACCCUGAGUAGCCGUCUGCAGCGUCUCGCUCACCAGCCAGCCUACACGGCCAAGAAACCUUACAAAUGUGACGACUGUGGGAAAAGCUUCACGUGGAAUUCCGAGCUGAAACGACACAAGAGGGUGCACACGGGAGAGAGGCCCUACAGCUGCGGGGAGUGCGGGAACUGCUUCGGGCGGCAGUCGACCCUGAAAUUACACCAGAGGAUCCACACUGGGGAGAAGCCCUACCAGUGUGGCCAGUGUGGGAAAAGCUUUCGCCAAAGCUCAAACCUCCACCAGCACCACAGGCUCCACCACAGGGACUGAGAGGCAUUG